CUCUCUGGGGAGAAUUGACUCCCCACUGAAUCCGAAGAGUGGCAAUGUAGAUUUCAUGAGCUUCUCUUCGGGGAUAUUCAUUGCUUUGAAGGCCUCGUAAAACAAUAUAUCCGCAGCACUUCCCCCAUCAACCAACACCCUCUUCACCAAAUAGUUGGAUAUAUUUACCUCCACGGCCAAGGCAUCAUCAUGUGAAGUCACAAUGUCUUUGGUAUCCUUCUCAAAGAAGGAUAUGGGUUCUUCAUUUAUCUUCAAUUUUUUUGGAUUCUUGAUCUACUUGAUGAAUUAUCCUUGCAUAAACUUUGCUGGCCGAGGAGCUUUCUCCUACUGCUGCUAAUCCACCAAUAAUAACAUUUAUAAUCCCUGCAUUUAUGACCCCCGCAGUCGCUUUGUCCUCUCUUCGAUGUGAGUCAUCUCUUCUCUAUCUUCUAUUUUCUCUCUCAUCUCUGUCAUCUUCCUUUCCCCUUCUUCAAUCAUCUCUGUCAUUCUUGAACUCCUUCAAGUAUCCUCUCUGGAUUAAUCCUUCAAUCUCGUCUUUGAGCUGUCUACAGUCAUUGGUAUCAUUGGCAGGAUCUCGAUGAAAAUGACAGUACUUGUCUCCCUGAGACUCAUCAUCUCGGUAUCUCUUCUUCGAUUCUUCAGCACUUGCUUACAUUGUGUCGAAAUUUCCAUUCUCGUGGACUUUCUUAUAUCAAACUUAAGAAAGGUUUCCGUUCUCCUCCAUAUAACUCGUCCAUUAAACAGUGAAAAUCAACUUAUAUGUUUGUCAAAGUAUUGAUAAAAGAAGGAGAACACCUUCCUUUUAGGACAACUUGGUCGGUACCCCGACUUGCGUUUUUUAAUUCUCCUCCAAAACUUUCAGAGACAGAAAAGAAACUUCUAGACGCUUGGACAACUCUUCUCAGUCCCAGUUCUAAGACAACUUACGAGCAUUAUACAUGCAGGAAACAUAUAUAUUUUGCAUUAUCUAUAUUGCAUAAAUUUAAUGAGGUAUACAAGGAACCUAUGUCCUUAUACUUACCCUGCCAGGAAAGAGGUUUGCCUAUUGUGGUCUUGCACUUUGUUUUGCAGGUUUAAGUAUGGGUUAAUCCAUUAUACCAUACACCAUUUUGGUUGCAAUGCUAGUGAUUAUAUGCUACUAUUUAUCUCUGUCUUUAAUUUAUGUAAUAUUUUAGAUUAGGUAGAAAUGAGUCAACAAAGGAAUGAGGUAUGUGAUGAAGGCCCCCAAAAAGAGAAGGCAAAUUGGGAUCAGGCUUUGACUGCCAUUUUCCUAGAAAUUUGUGUUGAACGAGUGAAGGCCGGUGAUAGACCUAACACUCACUUUACUCGUGAUGGGUGGAAGAAAAUAAUUUCUUCUUUCUUUGACAAGACUGGUGAGCUAUACGACCAGCCACAAUUCAAAAAUAAAUGGGACAACCUCAAGAAAGAUUGGCGAGUUUGGGAGAAGUUAGUUAUAGGGGAGACUGGUUUAGGAUGGGAUAACACACAUGAAACAGUGGUCGCUGACAAUGAAUGGUGGGAUCGUAAAAUUAAGACAAAAAGUGCACAAAGUUUCGAAAUCAUGGGAUUGAGAAUCAAGAAGCACUUCAAUUUCUGUUUGGGGGACAAGGAGCAACUGGGUUAUAUGCUCUUAAUCUAUCAGCAAAUGAACCUGAAGUUCCAGAUACAGUACAACCUGGAAAUGAUGAUGUCCAUCUAUCUGAACCAGAUGAUUCUAAUGAUCCAGAGUAUGAUGCAGCUGCUGAUGUAGGUGAGGUUAAUAGUAGUCCUACACCUCUCGUGCGUGUAGGAAAUCCAAGACGAAGGUCGAAUGCAUAAGGCAAUCGGGGUAGACAGAAGAGGCGUGUUAAUGAUGUUACAGCUGAGAUUAGCUAGUCAUUUUCCUUACUUGCAUCUGCGGUACAGAGUCGCACACAGUCCACAGCCCAAUCUUGUCUACAUGGUUGCAUUGAGGAUGCAUGUUCUCAAUUGGAGGAGAUACCUGAGACAACAAAUGGUUGUCCUUUGUUAGCUUUUGCCAUGAAGUUGUUUGAAAAUAAAGAACAUCGAAUUUACUUCAAUGGGAUCAAUAAGCAUGAGUGGCAGGUCACUUGGUUGAAGAUUAGUUAUGAAGAAGUUCAUGGACCAGGAUCUGCUGAUCAUCUUUAGGAUUGUUGUUUGAUGUUCUUGUUUUAUUGCUAUGUUAUUGUUAUCCUACUUUCAUUAUGAAACUGCUGAAUGUUAGUUCUU